GUAGCUUUGGUCUAAGUGAGCGUGUUAUCCGGCAGGGUGUGUCCUCCGAGAUGAGGAGGCACCUCGGGAAAAAAACUCACCCGUCGAGUCCCUCCCUCUUACUACACUAACGUCCACAGCUCCUUCCACCCAUCAAAACUCCGCGAUAAAGAACAGUUUGCCGAGAUUACAGGAUAAUGGUGUUUACAGCGCAGUUGGUCGCGUUCCUGAAGACUCAGCUGCUGCAGUAGGUUUAACGCGAACCAGCCUUAAAGCAACCUCAGUGUUUUUUUUUCUCCCCUCCUCAGUUUCAGUGGUUCACUUUCGCUUUUUUAUCAGCCAAAUAUAUAAUUAUGUAUCAAGUGCUGAGGAAAUUCGUCUUCACCGAGGCUCGGUGUGUGAGCGAGGAGGCCACGAAGAACUUCGAGGAGCUGUUCGAGAAGCUGGACGUGAACAGAGACGGGAAGGUGGAUGUGGCGGAGCUGCGCGAAGGCCUGGCCGCUCUGGGCUUCACUGUGGGCGCAGACGCAGCGCAGAAAAUAGUUUCCUCUGGGGAUUCGGAUCAGGAUGAGCAGCUGGACUUUGCGGAAUUUUGCAGCUACCUGAAGGAACAUGAGAAAAAGCUCAACCUGACCUUCAAGAGUCUAGACAAGAACAAUGAUGGACGCAUUGACUACACAGAGAUUCAGCAAGCACUCAAAGACCUGGGUAUGAACAUCUCGAAGGAAAGUGCAGAAAAGAUCCUCAAGAGCAUUGAUGCGGAUGGCACUAUGACAGUGGAUUGGAAUGAAUGGAAAGAGCACUUCCUCUUCAAUCCAGCCACCGAUCUGGAGGAGAUCAUACGCUUCUGGAAACACUCCACUGUGCUGGAUAUAGGGGACAGCCUCACCAUCCCAGACGAGUUCACUGAAGAGGAGAAGACCACUGGCCUGUGGUGGAAGCAGCUGGUUGCUGGGGCGAUGGCAGGGGCGGUCUCUCGAACAGGCACCGCUCCGUUGGACAGAAUGAAAGUCUUCAUGCAGGUUCACUCUUCAAAGUCCAACAAAAUCAGUCUGGUCAGCGGGUUUAAGCAGAUGAUCAAAGAGGGGGGUGUCACAUCUUUGUGGCGAGGAAAUGGAGUCAACGUGCUGAAAAUUGCUCCAGAAACAGCCAUCAAAUUCAUGGCCUACGAGCAGUAUAAGAAGCUGCUGUCCACAGAGGGGGGGAAAGUUAAGACACACGAGAGAUUCAUGGCAGGUUCUUUGGCCGGAGCCACAGCGCAGACUGCCAUCUACCCCAUGGAGGUGAUGAAGACCAGACUGACGCUGAGGAAGACCGGACAGUAUUCUGGAAUGUUUGACUGUGCCAAAAAGAUCCUGAAGAAAGAAGGAGUGAAGGCAUUUUAUAAAGGCUACAUCCCCAACAUCCUGGGCAUCAUUCCAUAUGCAGGAAUUGACCUGGCGAUCUAUGAGACACUAAAGAAUACCUGGUUGUCCUACUAUGCCAAAGACACAGCUAACCCCGGGGUGCUGGUUCUGCUGGGCUGCGGAACAAUCUCCAGUACAUGUGGUCAGCUGGCUAGCUACCCCCUCGCCCUGGUCCGCACACGCAUGCAGGCCCAAGCGUCUGUGGAAGGUGCGGAGCAGGUGUCCAUGUCAAAGCUGGUGAAGAAGAUCAUGGAGAAGGAGGGCUUUUUCGGCCUCUACCGCGGAAUCCUACCCAACUUCAUGAAAGUGAUCCCUGCUGUCAGCAUCAGCUACGUGGUGUAUGAGUACAUGAAAUCCGGCUUAGGCAUUUCUAAGUGAGGUGUGUGUCAGUGUGUCUGUGUGGGUGGUGUGAGUGAAUGAGUGUGUAUGGCUGAUGGGGUGAUGGCGGUGGGAAGUUGUAUGAGCCAAAGUUUAUUUCCUAAGGCACCAACAGGAAAGUGUGGGUGUACAUCUUUAGUUAUCCAAUACUGUGUAUAUUGUUCAGGGAGAAAACAAACAAUUCCUGAAACAUCUUCCAGUGCCACGGUGCCAGUGUCCCAAAGAUUCAUAGUGUGCAGCACUAAGCCUCAUCCAGAGUAUCCAGUAGGGCUGGGCGAUGUGAUGAUUUGAUGGAGAUGUUAAACUUGUUAAGAGUCAGAAAUUUGUCAGUUAAUUCUUUAUUCGGAGAGCCUGUUGCUCAGUUUGGCUUUAACUUGCAUUCAAAGUACGUGAUUAAAGUUGAGCUACAUUUCCCCUAAAGCUGGCCCUUAACCUUAAACUCAACCCACAACCUAAACCUAACCUUAAUCCUAGUCCUUAUCCUACCACUAAUCCUAAGGCUUUUGAGAAUCAGGCAAGUUUCAGCAUGUAGUAAUUUGAACAUCUGGAGGUAAUUUAUAAAGGCCUGUUCAAGUGAAGUGGAAACCAUGAGGCUUGUAAUGUGAACGUAGCCUUUGUCUCCACCCACAUUACUAUGUGGACAAAUUAACCCAAAUACUACCCUCUGGGAAAUCCGUCUCAUCUCUGAAAAAAAAAAUUAUGCAGAUUUACAGCUUAGUUUACAGACGUCGUUCACUGAUCAGUUUACGAAAGUGUACUUGCUUUACGCAACUGUUUACUGCCAGAAAUGAAAGCAAAUGACUUCUGUUCUGUAUAAUUUGCGUCAGUAGGUUUUCAUUUCUUUCCUACAUGGAAAACCAUUGGGCCACAUCCACCAGCUGAUCUUAAGAAAUUUCUUCUUAAAACCCACUUAGUUUUCAAAGAUUCUGACAUCAGUGUCUUCUUAUUUGGAUUUGUUCUUCGAUAAGAACAGAAUCUACACACACUCACAAGCGCAAAGGUGUGAACAGUUCUGCAGCUUAAGAACACGUCAUGAAUCUGACGUCGACUUUUUCUUAGGACCUUUCUCGAGAACACUUAAGAAAAAACCUGGGAAGAUACUGGUGAAUGAGGCCCAUUGAUUUUAUUGUCCAGUAUUAUUGCCAUUAUAGAGAUGAGGUUGAAAAAUGCUGCAGUGUUGCUUCAGCGCAGAACUGCAUUACAGUGAUCGACAUUCUCUGCAUAAGCUUUGCAGCCAACAUUAAACACCUUUGUUUUGUUGCGGUUAGGAAAACUUUUCCAAAUAUCCCUGCACUGGAAAGUUUGUUUUACAGUAGUUUCUUGUAUGUCCUGCAUGAUUUUGUGUCAAAACCUUGUAAUAUUUUUCUGCUAUAUGUUUUAGGCCAUAUUGCCCAGCCCUACUGUUCACACCACUGCACUGUUCAACACAGACUGAUUCAAUUCAUUAUCCUCAUUGUGCUACAGUGCUUUUGGGAAAUGGCUCAGAGAAACAGCUGUUUUUCCUUAAAAAACAGAGAGAAAAUUGAGUCCGGAUUUACUCAGGUUUACGUGUUUUUUAUUGUUAAUCACACAGAGAUCCGCACAACUUAACCUCUUGGUAGGAAACCAGACGUACAGUGAAAGUCCUUAAAAAAGUCUGUUUGAGAAUUAAACACUUUGUUUGUUCUUGCUGUUUAGUAUUUUGCACACUACUGCAGAGAGCGGGGUGACGUGCCUUAUACGAUGUGUGGCUAGUUCUGUUUGCUGAUAACUGAUUUGGCAAUAACUUUGUGUUGCCUUCCCCCCACAUUUUGUUAUAUUAGAAACUCCCAUGUUUACAUUAAAAUAUUUUAAAUACUUCAAUAAAGUGGUGCUUUUGA